CUAGUAUAUGUUGCAGCCAUUGUACAUAAUUCCGUGCGCAUCCCAAUGCGGUAAUAAUAUCGCAUCUCCCGCUUUACUAUGGCCAAUAUAGUAUAUAUAGUAUAAUAGUGAAUACUUAAUAAUACUUAAUAUCCGUAAUAAUAAUACCCACCCCCCUUUUAUAGUUGAGUUUGAGUUGUGAAACUUCCAUGAGAUCAUUUAUAAAAUCCCAUAGGAAGACCGACUCUCAGUACUCGGAAGAUGACUUCCAUCAUCAUCCUCCCAGUCUACCGACUUCCGGUAUUUCAUCCACUAGUUAUGAUUUAAAUACUCCAAUACCUUCUCCAAGAAUUCAACAAAGUUCUCAAUUUACUCCUCCGAAUGUUAUAUCUACUAGUAGUCCUACCUUAAGUUCUCCUAAGAAAUUAUUGACACCCAUUAAAAACUUAUUCUCUAAUAGUAAUCAUAGUCAUAGUCAUAGUCAUAGUCAUAGUCAUAGCCAUAGUAAUAGUCAUAAUCACUCCAAGCAUAAUUCUACAGCAUUCUCGUCUCCUGCUUCUCAUACAAGUUUAACAAAUAUCUUACAUUCAUCCACGGGGACACUUGAGAAAUUAAAGAAUAAAAAGAUUAAGCAUAGUCUGAGUCAUACUUCAAUAACUAAUUUAUCAGAUUAUCAUCAAAAGAGUCAAGAUUCAAAAUCAAAUAAUAUACUUGCGCCUCCUCCAUUAAUAUUUAAUUCUUCAACCACUUCUUCUACUUUAAAUCAUCAAUAUUAUGCUUAUCCUAAGGGUUCAAGUCCUUCUAGAACUUCUAUAGCAUCUUAUCAUUCAGCUAAUUCUCAAAUAUAUUCAUCUCAAAAUGUUUUAGAUAAUCUGUCUCGAGAUAGACCUUCAUCUUCGGGGAAUUCAUCUGCUAGAUCAUCACUGAUUUAUCCUGAAAUUAAUAAUUCACUUACUAAAGAUAAAGAUAAUUAUCUGUCUAUUUCAUUGACACAAAGUAUUAAUAAUUUUGAGAGGAAAGAAGUUAGUUUCUCAAAUAAGAAAGCUUCAAUUAUAUUAAAUCAUAUUCCUAUUGAUUCAAGUAGUAUUAGAGAUGAACGUCAAAGUCAAAGAGCAAGUGAUGAUGAUAUUGAUACUAAAGCAAAUGGAGAAGAAGCAGACGAAGUAGAAGAAGCAGAAGAUGAAGAUGAGGAUGAAGAUGAAGAUGUUUCCGAUGCUUCAUCAUCCCAAUUCUCAUUUGUAAGAGACCUAAAAGGAGGAAGAAAUACAUCAGUUAAAUAUUAUAAAUCUAAAGAUGCUCUAGAACAAUCUAACGCCUUUUCUAAAAUCAAUACAUUUAAUGAACAUGAUUUGGGUUAUGAAGUUGAUGAAUUCUCCGAUUAUGAUUUUGAAAAUAAUGGAAUGGAUGAUGACAAUUUUGAUGAUGAUGAUGAAGAAGAGCAGGUUCAAUAUAAUAAAUUAUUUGAUGAAGAUAAUGAUGCUUAUGAUAAUAAAAUGAUAUUUGACAAGCUGUCUCAUUCCAGUUUGUUAUACGAAGAGAGUUAUCCGCUUAAUGAUGGAGAGGAAGAAGAGGAAGAAGAGAAAAUACUAACCAAUUACGAUAAUGAACAAUAUGAUAAUGAACAAUAUGAUGAAUAUGAUGAUGAAUCAAUUCCUUAUAAUAAUGCCUUGGAUGAUGGACUCUAUCUAACUAAUGGUAAUGAUCAUAUUGAAAGAAGUCAAUCGAGUCUUUUCCCCAGUAGACAGAAAUUGAAUCCCUUCUACAAAUGUUAUCAUUUAUCAAUUCUGGGAUUAGAAUUACCUGAAGAAAUUGAAAAAUUAGGUAAUGAUCCAGGAAUAGAUGUUCUAGAAGAUUAUCUUGAUGGGAAAGAUCUUACCCCUGAUAGUAAUCCAUCAGUUAAACAUACCCCUGAAUUAAAUUCAUUUGAAUUUGAUGCUAGUAGUCCAAUAAUUCAUGGAGUAACCAUUGGACAUAAUUUAAGGUAUAAAUUAAUGAGACCAGGUAGACAUUCUUCUAAACUGAAUAGACUGUUAAUUCAUAAAACUCAGCCUUCAACUACUAGUGGUGAUGGUGAUGGAAAUGGAAAUGGUGAUGGAAAUGGAUAUGGAAAUGGAUAUGGUUAUUAUCGUAAUAAAUCCUUUCAUCAAUCAAUAAGUGAUGAUUUGGAUUUAAAGAUUAAGGAGAAGACAGCAAACAUGGACAAAUUUGUAGAAUCUAGAAAGAAAUUUAUUGGUAAUACUACCAGUACUAAGCCGAAGAAUAUGAGAACAUCUAUUUCGGAUAUUAUGGAUCUUUUAGGUUCAUUAGAAUCAUCUGAACAAACUAAUACUAAUACCAAUGUAGUGGUUGAUGAAGAAUCUACUAAAUCAGUUCAAAGAAAUUCUAUUGUAGGGAUGAUGAAUUUAUUAGCCAAUUUAGAACAAGAUCAAAAGAAUAUGACUAGUGAACCCAUUACUAGAGAACAGAAACAAGUUGUACAAGAAAAUCGGAAAUCUAUAAUUGAUAUGAUGAGUACUUUAGCUAAAUUAGAAGGAAUGGAUGAUAAUAAGAAUUCUACCGUUAAAGUUCGAAGAGAUUCUAUAAAUAAUAUGAUGGAAACAUUAGCUAAAUUAAGUAUAAUGGAUAAAUCAUUAGAUACAGACCGUAUAAAACCAUCUAUCAGUAUGAAUAAUACGAAUAUGAAUAAUACGAAUAUGAAUCAAAGUAGUUCAUCACUGAGAUAUUCAUGGUUCUGUAAUGAUGAAGAAGUCUCAUCAAAAUUAAAGGAAGAUCAAAGUACCACUAUGGAUCAAGAUAUGUUAGAUGAAAUCAAUCAAUUACCAGAAGAUUUUGAUUUCCAUGAACAUGAAUAUAAGAAAUCCGUGACUAAUAAAGUAAAAGAUACGGGACUGGGACUGGGACUGGGAUUGGGAUUGGGAUUGGGAUUUUAUCGAAGUAAUUCUUAUAAUAAUAAACCAGUAAAAUCUAUAAUCGAUAAUAAGUUUCAAACCAAUAAAAUUGAAACUAUGAAUAAGACUGUCACAUUCUAUCGGAAUUCAAGUUUGAUCCUGGAGAUUAAUCGUAGUAGAAGUGUUAGUCGUGCAGCCUCUGCACGAUCUAUUAAUUCAUUUGCUUCUGUUAAUGAAGAAGAGUGCGAUGAAGAAGAAGAAGAGGGACCACCACAAGAAUCACCAAGAGAAUCACCACAAGAUAGUGAAAAUUAUCCUCAAGUAUUGACAGCAUUACCCAGUGAUGAUACAGAUGAUGCCAGUAAUUCUAAUUUAACUACUAUUACAGAGGCAGAUAGCUCAUAUAUAAAUUGAUCUAGUUUAAAUGUAAUUAAAAGUUUUAUUAAG